UUGCAUGUUACCAUGUUCCACUUCAAAAGGAAUAAAUACGAGGAAGUCUAUUUAUAAUGCACGCUUGUUUUGGGAUAAUCUACUUUCGGUUUUCAAGUCUUAACAUUCGGAUUGUUAUUAAUACCUUUAAAGUAUGUUGUUAUAUUAUACACUGUCAAUUCUAGCAAUAUUACUCGGUGUCGAGGUGCUUGUCGUUAUGAAAAAGAUGGAAAAGUUGCAGGCCGCGUACGAUACAUUACUAGAAUCUUCUCGCAAUCGCAAUAUCCAAGAUUGCGAAUAUGAUGGUAUGGGAUCUCGAACAAGGAGUUGUCCCAACAAGGCGCAUUCAUCCGAUGGAACUGCAUGUGACGGUGACAACACACAAUGUGAGUCAUUCAAUGAGAAAAGACGCCCACCUAUCAUUUCCGCAUUCUCUGUGAGUGACCCGAGAUCUGUGAGUUCCCCGGAGACUGAAUACAAGCUUCAGCAGUACACCACUGUGAACAUAAACGAAGGAAAAGACUUCAACCCUUCUGCUGGAAUAUUUACGUGCAGUAAACCUGGAGUGUAUUACUUUACUGCCACCCUUAUCAAGAAACGUGCCGACGUCAGUGUUGAUCGUGUUGAUCUUGUGCAGUGUUACAUUUACAAAAAUAUGUCACCACAAAUACUUCUAUAUGCUGAUCCCACAGAUAACGAUACCGAUAAAGGUCAUGCUGCAAUCAGCAACUCUGUUGUUCUGAGACUGGACACAGAUGAUAUUGUUUACUUGGGCUGGUGUGAUGAUCCAAAUACCUCUUUAGAAAAAUGGACAUCGUUCUCGGGAUUCCUUUUAUAUCCUGACAGUUAAAGUCAUCGGGAACAUACAACCGUUUCUUGCGUCAAACGCCUUUAGUUCUAACUUUACUCAAUUCAUUCCAAGUUAUCCUUUACAUGCAAAGAAUAUCAAUAAUGAAAACCGUUUGUGUUUUGUAUAUUUAUUAUCAAUAAUAUUUACAUUGUUAAAUAAAAAAGGACACAGUUAUCUUUUUCUGAAAAUAUUCAAAUGCAUUCUGCUACUGUCAUAUGAUAAAACCUUAUUGGCAAGAAUAAGUGUUAGGGAAUUUUGGCUUUUCACGAACAGGUUGUGUAUGGACUUUUCAAAAGAAAUAUCACGUUCACUGUUUUAGAAUUGUUUCCAGUCAUGGGAUGAGAUUAUAAAUUCAGGAGAUUAUAAAUUCAGGAGCUUUGAAAAGCGUUUUUAGUGUUUGCAGAAGCUGGAGAAAAUUAGUGUUGAUAAAGUGUUUCCCAGCAUUCAUGUACUGUCAGUAUAUACUGAUUUAUUUUCUGGUGUAUGUAAACAUGUUAUUUGAUUAAAAUUAGACGGUGAAUAAUGUAUCUAAUGUAAACAUGUAUAUAUUUUUCUUAAAUACUUAGUAAUAGGAACAAUGUAACAGGAAAUGUUGCUCUGAACGAGUAAUUUUACUUACCGAGACUUCCAUGACUGGAUAUGUAUGUUAAACUACAGAAAUCUGUAGCCGGUCUGGUUGGAUUCAAGUGAUGCAUUUCGGAAGUCAGACGACUAGUAUUAUAUAUAUAUAUUUUUAUUUUUCCUUUGUUUUUCUUUGCUACAUGUACCAUUGCACUGCUGUGACGUUUUUUUGCCCGUUUGAAUAGCUUUAAUUUUGUUCACAAUUCCUAUUUCUUAACUCCCUUUUCCCUUUUUUAAAAGUCAUUCUCAUUGAUUAUUUCUUUUCAAAGCACAUGGACAGUGUCCAGAGACUAAAUUACAAGGCAACCUCUGUAGAGCAACACCCUUCGAGAGAUAUAAAUAUUAACUGUUACUGUUUGUAGAGGUUGUUGUUCUGGAGAGGUAAAUUUGAUAGUAUAUUUCAGCUUUGGAAAAUUUUGAUAAUGUUGUUAUAGAGUUCCAUACCUCAUGUUUUUAUUUCGAUGUAAAUGAGAUGUGGAACCAAAAUUUGUAGUGCUGUUUGGCGCAAUAUAACCUAUACUGUGUUGGUGCGCCGUAAAACCCAAAUAAAUAAAUAAAUAAAUAAAUUUUUAUAGAGAGGACUUUGUUAAAGAGAGGGCCGCUCUGGAGAGGUUGUACUGUAAAUAAAACAAUGUAGCUGUUUGCUUAAAUUAAAUGUGAGUUGCAUUUAUAGAACAAUAUUUCUAUUAUGCAUUUCAUAUAUCUGCUUUAGCAUAAAAAGUUUGAUGGAAUUAAUCUUGUUCGUUUUUGUUAAAAUAUUAAUAUGGUGAUAAUAACUAAUUUUUCUGUG